AUGGGGACUCAGGUGGCGGCUAUGGCUCAUCUGUUCAUGCCAUUAGUGAACUCCUCAGUUGGCCAAGCUACGCCUAGGCUUGGGACCGUCUGGAAGGUAGAUUCCAAGACCUUACCCAGGGCCGCAGGGCCGUACGAGAGUACGAAGAAGAGUUCAACCGACUCUGACGGUUUGUUGGAAGGGAACUCGAGGACGAGACAGUCCAGCACCGUCGGAGAGCUUGUUGAACGUGUAGCUCUUUUGGAGUCUAACUUGGCCGAAGAAGCCAAGCUUAAGACGAAGUUUAAGUCUGUCCCGACGGGUAAGACUAACGACCGAAAGAGGAAGUGGGACCAAGUUGACGGAGGCAAGGCCUCUAGUGGACGACCUGAAUGUCCCAAGUAUGGUAAGAACAAUCCAGGUGAAUGCUGGAAAGCCAUGGGAGCUUGUGUGAGAUGUGGCAGCUUGCAUCACUCCAUCCGAGAUUCCACUCGACCAAGCCGGACUCAGGGCCAAUCCAGUGGCAGCGGCUCUCGGACUUGUUUCCAUUGCGGCCAAAGUGGACACUUCCAAAGUGAAUGUCCCAAGCGGCAAGGAGGACAAGGGAAGGGUUGUGGAGACACGGGAAAGUCGACCCAGACCAGGCCGACCACAACACCAAGGGUGUAUGAGCUGUCCCGAGACGACGGCACUUCAGGAUCGUUUGAUUCGGUCUCUGGUAAUUUCUGA